UGCUCCGGCUAACAUUAGCUGCUUGUCUGUCUGUGAAGCAGCCGGGGCGGAUUUCACUGACAACAAUGAUUUCUUUUUAGAUCCGACAACGUUAUAACGAAACGCGUGGAUGGUAACCAGAAAGAUAUCAAAGUGUAACGGGGAACCGUCAAUGCAAAGAAAGAGGAUCCAUGGCAAAGUGGCUGAAGGACUACCUAAACUUUGGCAACAGGCGUGACCCUCCACAGCCCCCGAGGCCAGAUUACAGCGAGAGUGAAAUUUUGAGGGCCUACAGAGCUCAGAAAGACCUGGAUUUCGAGGACCCUUACCAGAGCUCUGACAAGGAGCUCCAGAAUGGUGGUUUCAGCUCCUGUAGUGCGACAGUGAGCCUCCCCUCAUUCCCUGCAUUUGGUUCAGGGCUGCCUAAUGGUGUGGAGGUAAAAGUGGUUUCCCCCAAACACAGACUAAUUAAAGUGGAUUCUCAGGAGUUUGGUCGCUGUAAAGUCCCCUUGAGUCCUGUGACUAUCCAAGAGGAACCUGUGGUUCCCUCUGCCCCAGCAGCGUCAGACGCUGAUACAGAUUACUCUGACCCAUUUGAUGCCCGUCCAGACCCAAGACCCCGACCAAACUGGGAGCCCAAAUCUGCACCAACAGACUGUUGCAGCUACAUGGAGCCAUUUGAGGCACAGCGGAUCAUUUCAGAAAUGCAGCACAGAGUGAUGACAAACAGGUCUGGGAGUGGAGAUGGUCCCCAAUUAUAUGAUAACCCGUACGAAGAGAGGACUCGUCACCACCACCACCGAGCUGCUCCAACGGCACAACAGCAACCCCAGAGGGUGGAGGGUGGACUUCUCCUGUUGGACAGCAGGGAGAGCAGACUGCCUCAGGAUGAUGAAAGGCCAGCUGAUGAAUAUGACCAGCCCUGGGAGUGGAAGAAGGAUAACAUCUCCAAAGCACUAGCAGUUCAAUUUGAAGGGGCAGAAAGGGAGCGUUCACGAGCUCAGACAGAACAAACUAGGCUCGCCAAGACGGGCACCACAUCUACCACAGCAGACUCGACCACACUCCGCCUCGUUGGUGACACACCUCCUAUGCUGGGGGAGCGAGUGGAUCCAUUUCUGCCACUAGAGAGCCAAGUAUGGUACCAUGGAUCCCUGAGCCGUUCGGAGGCAGAGUCUCUACUGACUCUGUGCAAGGAGAGCUCAUAUCUGGUGAGGAACAGCCAGUCAUGCCGGAACGACUACUCUCUGUCACUCAGGAGUUGCAAGGGCUUCAUGCAUAUGAAAUUUACUCAGUCUGCAGACGGGCGCUACGUGCUCGGAGAGAACAGCCCUCCCUUCUCCACCAUCCCUGAGGUCAUCCACUACUACACCACGCACAAGCUGCCAAUCAGAGGAGCUGAGCACAUGUCCCUACUGUAUCCCGUCAUAGUGCAAACCCUUUGACACUGAUACACACACACACACACACACACAUACACUCUUUCUUCUGGUGCUACUGAAUACAAUAUAUACUCAACAUUUACCCCUUUACAUGCCUUUCCACUGCCAUUUUACCUUCACCGCUCACAUGAGAUCGAACUGUUUGGUGCCAUCUUUUCCUUUUUUUCCUGUUUACCAUAACCCCAGUUACUACACUGGCAGCUAAAUAAGACAGUUCAGUGCCUCAUGAACCAAUGCCUAUGACCUGCUUUUGGCCACUGACAUCCCUGUUUUGAAUAUCAUACUUUGAGGUCGAAGAUAAAAACAGAAACUGAAGUCUUGAGGUGUAGUAGAAUCUACAGAGUAUUGCAUGGAGAUAGGCUCUUGUACUGCUGUGCAGAUAUGGACUGUGCUAUCAGCUCAUUUAAAGGAUAAUACAGGUGUUUUUCUUUUAAGCUUGUGCCAAUCAUCUAGAUUGACUAUUUCAACCAAGGCAACUUUUUUUUGUCCAUGUGAAUUUUAUGUUUUAAAAUGACAAAAAAAAAAACAUCAAACAAACAAAACAAUGGAGGUGGAGAGUUAAAAUAGAUGUUAGACAAUAGAAGACGCAGUAGAAAAUGUGCUGUAAUCAACAAACAACACUGUUAUUAUUCCUUCAAGUGUUAGUUACCAAUAUCAAUCACACACUACAUUUAUUUUAAACCACAGCUGUAUUAGCAGCCCUGGGUUUCUCUGUGUUUGAGAGGCCUGUGAAUGUUUUAUGAUGCUGUAGCUGCGCGCCCUGCAGUGCUGUGCUAGAUUCAUUAUGUUAUGUGUGAAGCGACAAGACGGAUAUGACUUGUUCAAUUCACACCAUAACAGACUCCGGCAAUACUAGUUUGUAGAAUAAAGACUACAGUAUUAUAUUGAAAGCUUGUGGCUUUGUGAUCAUGACUAUUAAAAAAAAAAAAGCUUUGGUAGAUUUACUGUGCUGUUUUAUAAGAUUUAAAAUGUGUUAAAAAUAAAGGUGUUGUCUGUU